AUGUCUGAAACAGAUAUUGAUGAUAAAAUACUAUUUGAUAGUGACCAAAAAACUACAUACAGUACAUCGGUGAACGCAAACCCGAUGCAAUCUUUAGAUAAUAAAGCAAAAAUUAGAACCAGAUCUAGAAGAGGUUCUUCUUUAGGCAGAAUUGACCUUGGCGAUACUGUACGAAGCCUUGGCACCAUGCCAAGCUCGAAGCAAGAGAAGAAAGCCUCAAAAAAUAGACUGAAAGUACUAUCAAUGGAGUCUAAAGGUGACAGAGAUUUGUUGAAAAAAAUUUGGAUCUCUUACAGAGAAAUGGCUUAUCGUAACACAUGGUUGAACCCAUUGAUAUUGCUUCUUAUUGUUUAUUUCAUGUAUUUUACGUCGGGAAACAGAACGGAAACAAAUCCAUUACAUCAAUUCAUGUAUAUAUCCUAUCAAAUUGGGGAUACCGAUCAAUAUGGUAAGGGCAUAAAAGAUUUAUCAUUUGUAUUUUUCCAUAUGAUUUUUUUCACGUUUAUAAGAGAAUUUCUAAUGGACGUAGUCAUAAAGCCAGUUACUAUUUAUGUCUUAAAAGUAACUUCUCCCCAUAGGAUUAAGAGAAUCAUGGAACAGGUAUACACAACAUGUUACACAGGUGUGUCCGGUCCAUUCGGUAUUUACAUCAUGUACCAUUCGGAUUUAUGGUUAUUCGAAACGAAAACCAUGUAUGUCACAUAUCCUGAUUUAUACAACUCCUAUCUUUAUAAGUUAUUUUACUUAGGUCAAGCGUCAUUUUGGGCUCAACAAGCUUGUGUUUUGGUCUUACAAUUAGAAAAACCAAGAAAAGAUCAUAAAGAACUAAUUUUCCAUCAUAUUGUCACUUUACUAUUGAUUUGGUCUUCAUAUGUUUUCCAUUUCACAAAGAUGGGUCUAGCAGUCUACAUAACUAUGGAUGUCACUGAUUGCUUAUUAGCUUUAUCCAAAACAUUGAACUAUUUAGAAUCCCCAUUGGCUUCUCCACUGUUUGCUUUCUUCUUCGCCACUUGGUUGUAUUUGCGUCAUUACAUUAACUUAAAGAUUCUUUGGUCAGUACUAACGCAAUUCCGUACAGAAGGUCCAUAUAUAUUAAAUUUUGCUACUCAACAAUACAAAUGUUGGAUUUCUUUACCAAUUGUCUUUUCAUUAAUUUUUGCACUACAGUUAUUGAAUGUUUAUUGGGUUAUUUUAAUCAUUAGAGUUCUUUAUAGAAUCAUCUUUUUAGGAAUCGAAAAAGAUGAAAGAAGUGACAGUGAAUCAGAUUCAGAAGAAGACAGUGAGGUUUCAUCUGAAUCUGGUGAUUCAGAAGGUGAAUCUCCAACCAAAGCAAAAAAAGCAUAG